CUUCGCUUUUGAUCUCAUACUUAGUUUUUAAUGGCGUAAAAAAUGUAUUAGAAAAAAUUUUUGAUUAAAAUUUUGAUAAGUGUAUCUUUCGUAUCUUCCUAAUGUUUAAGAAAUUAUUAAUAAAAUGGGAAAUGAUUUAAUGGAAAAUACCACGGAAAAUAUAUUUAGUUCACAAAUUGGUGAUGUAGAUGAACGGGAAGAAGGUGAGAUUGUUGACGAUUUCGAAUAUAUUAUAUCCUCGGACGAGGCGUUAACAGUGAGAAAACGUAUAGCAGAACUGGAAUCUAAAAAUGAUGAAAUAGAAAAAAUUGACUUAAUAUCCAGAAGCUUCGCUAAUGGUUUUGAUUGCGGAAGUAUAAGUGAGAUUAUAGCAAAAUUUAGAACACCGUCAAAUGAAUAUUAUCACCAUUUUCCGCGAUCGCAACUCAAUCGGUCAACAAACUUGAUAAGAUCAUCGUCUUCAGAAUCCGAAAUGGGAAGUUUUUCAUUAAAUAGAAAAGAGGAUCGAAAACGCAGAAAAUUUCCAACAAAAAAUUCAAUAAAUAUUAGGUCUACAUAUUACAAAAGCAAUAACCAUCAACAGUUUCGAAAGGAUAUAAAUUCUAAACGGUAUGUACCAAACAAAAAGCGUCGACAUAAUUUUGAUUACAAAAAAUGUUCUUCACACAUUGAUGCUCAUGAAGAUAGUACGGAUGAUUGCUUAGUGCAAACUGAUAACAGCAAAUGUAGAAAGGAAGUUAAGUCUCAGGAAUCAAGUUAUUCAAAAAACCAUGAUCAUUAUAAGAAAAAGAAACCAUUAAAAAAUCAUAUAAAGCAUAUAAAUGGCUUCACGAAUGAGUACCAAAAUUACUUACAAAAUAACUUAAAGGAUAGUAAAGAAAUUUCCAAAAGCAAAGAAUUAGUAGAAAACUUGCCUGAAAACUUGCCUCCAGAAGAAAAAAUAGAAAUUCCAAAUGCUUCGGAAGAGGUAAAAUUAUGCAAUAAUAUAAAUGAUAAAUCUGAUUCACAAGAGGAAGAGGAAUUACGAUUAAUUGCUUUAAAAUCAGCUAUGAUACAAAGGCAUUUGAAACGUAAGAGACGAAAUGCAGAAUUAGCCUAUUCCCCAACCGAUUUUGAUGAAAUGCUAGCUUCAGUUGAGGCAGAUAAUAAUUCUAAUCUAGUUUUUGAAGUUGAUUUAGAUGAGAGUAUUACUGAGAUGGAAAUAAGUCCAACAACUUCUCCAAGGUUUUCUCCUAUUCCAAUUGACGAAGAUUUAAGCGACCGAAGUGUAGAGUUUGUUGCACAAAGCAAUGCGAUAGAUACCAAACCUGUAGAUAUGGAUAUUGUUAAUACUGAAAGUGAGAGUGAAAAUGUUGUAUACAGUGUUUCAAAUAAAAUGUUUGCCAUUGAUCCCGUAGCGUCUAGCAGUGAUUGCAAAAUAACAGAUUUAGGUCCAUCAAUAUCAUAUAAUGGAAUGGACUAUGCAUCAUCAUUGCAAUAUAGACUAUACGUGCCUGAUAUGCAAUAUCAAUUAAAUAUACCACCACCGCCUUUACCACCAGUUUUAAAUGAUUGUAUGGAAGUCAUACCUCCACCUCCGCUUUUUUGUAGUUACAAUGAAUUGCCACCACCCCCACCGCCACCUAUAUUAAUACCUUUAGAAAGACAAAAUGAUGAGAUUAGUGAUGAAACAGAAAUUAUUGAUCUUUGUAAUGAUACUGUAGAGGAAAAUAUAAUAACCAAAGAUAUAACAGAAAUAAAAUCUGAAGAUACAUCUUGUAUUUAUGAGAAUCAACAGAAUAAAGAAAACAGUGAAGGAGAGGAGGAGGAAGCAUUACGCGCUCUUUUAUUAUCAAAGAUACAGUCUGGAAGAAUAAUAAAAAAAGAGAAUGAUAUUUGUAAAACAGAAAGUACUGUUAAUCCAGAAUUAAAAAUAAAAAAUUUUAACAAUAUUUUUAAAAAUGAUGAAAGUCCUCAAGCACAAACACAAACACAAUCAAUACUGAAAGAGGCUGUUCGACGUUUAAAAAUGAUAACGGAAGGAAAUGAUGAAGGAGGCGUAAAAUCGGAAAUCAUAGAUAAGUCAGAUAAAUCAGAUAAAGAUAAUAUAAGUUUAGUAAAAGAAGAAAAUGAAAUGGAAAAAGACUUAUGCUUAAAGAAGUUUAAAGAAAGAUCACCAAAUAAAAAUAGUGCUUUAGAUCACUUAUUGGAAGAAAGAAUUGCAGAACUAGUAAGACAGGAAAAAGCAACGGAAGUGUCUACAAGUGUAACAGUUAGCGACGUAAGUAUUGCAAAAGUAGCAGGAAAAUUAGACACAAUUACAGUUAGCUGUGUUAAUAUUGGUGAAGAAAUAGGAAAAUUAGCUACAGAGGAGAAAAAUUUAACAACUGAACUGAAUUUGAAAAAUAAAACUAAUGUUAGUGAUAUUAAAAGUAGUAGCUCAUUUAGUAGAGAACAAUCUAAAAGUAAAAGUGAUGAUAAAAUAAAUGUAAGAAUUGAAAAAACUAAAAAUAUAGAAAUAAAAAAUAAUGCCACUAGUGUUAUUGCUGGAAAUAAAGAAAUAUAUAAUGCCAAAAAAAAUGAAGACAGUUUAAAAUUCAUAAACAAAUCAGUUGCUCCUAAUUUAAUCUUGACUCCUAAAAUAAAUGGUAUAAAACAAAUAUCAAUCAAUAAAAAUCUUUUAAGUUCAUUUGAUAAUCAACUGAAAAGCACUGCAAAUCCCACGUUUCCUAUAACGGCGAAACAGCCAAGUACUUCGAUAAUAAAUAACAUACAAAAAUCAAAUUCAGCUAGCACAUUUAUAUCGACGGUAAGAAAAAUUAUUAAACCAAAUAAAAUCAUUAACACAAAUAUGAACUUAAAAAGAAAAACCGUUGAAAAUAAUCCAAAUACAAAAUUUAAAUUAACAAAAAUGUCAAAUGCAAUCGAUAGAAGCGUAAAUACUAGUCCAUUCGGUAGUACAACAUCAACUACUUCGAAAACUUCACGUUUAGUUACACCGUCCGAGAUUCCUAAACCUGUUGUACAAAAAAUUAUUAUAAAUCUGCAAACAUCGGAGAGCGAUAUUGAGGAUGAGGAAGAGGAUAACCUAACUAAUAUGAAACAACUUUCAAGCUUUGAUAUAAAUACAAAUUACAUCGAUAAUGCAAGUCCGUUGAGCUUACCUAUGGAUAGUCGUAGUAAUACACCAAUUCGCGUUAGCUCUCCUACAAUUUUAACAGAAAAACCAAUGAUCAAUACUAGUACAAUAAAAGUUCGUAAUGAUAUAUUUGAACAAAAACUGGAAAACUUUUUGAAAAAUAUACGCGACAAAUCAAAAACAAAUAUGAAAGAUAACCACGCGGCCACAAUGAAUCACCGAAGGAUAGUUAAUAAUGAUAAGGUAAAACCAUUAGCUGUACGACAUUUACCGAUUGCUGCUCAACAUGAAUACAGCAGGCUUGUAGAACGUAUGAAACUAUUAGAGAAACAAAGAGAAAAUAAAUUAAAAGAAAGUAAUGAGAGUAACGGACAAAAAAUACAGUCAAAAAAUAUUGAUAAUAAAACAAAACCCAAAAUUACUCUUCCAAAAAACAAAACAAUUGCAACGCCUAAUAUUACUAAUCCAAAUAGCAAAACAAUUGAUAUUUCUAAGCAAAACAAGACAUUUUCUACAAAACAAAAUAUGAUGUACACUGAAAAAGAUGGAAAACAUAAUUCUAGUCCUAUAAAAGAUACUACUGCAGUGUGUAAAAAUAAAAGCAUUGAUAGUACGAAUAGAGUAGAAAAUAUCGCAUCUAAUCAUACAGCAACAACACCAACACCAAGUACAACGAAAGCAAAUACAGCUAUGAUUUUAAGUCAGGAAUCCAAAAGAAGAGUCACGUUACGUCUGCAAGAAAAUUCUUAUAAUAAAUCUAGUGCCAUCAUUUUAAAUAAAUUGGAUAGCUCGUUGAAAUUAGUUAGUAAUGUAAAGGCUUAUAAAAUAGCAGAAGUAAAAUAUGAAAAGCGAGUUAAAGAGCUUGUCGCCCAGUUGGAAGAAGCGAAAUUAAAUUUAAAAAAACAAAAGGAAAAACUAGAAGAGAUUUGUCCAGAAGUUAGUCGAUCUAAUGAAGUAUUGACAAAUAUGCGGAAGAGGCGCCUGAAAUUAUUUAGAGUCGCAACCAACCUCGGUAAAAGCAUUGUUGGAGAGAAUUAUAGCCUUAAUAAUGAGUUAAAUAAAGAAAUUAAAAUUAAGUUCAAUGAUUUGGCAAGAGAAAUAAAAGUGGUAAAUUCAAUCAGUCACAAAAAUAUAGAUGCAUUCGAAACCAAUCUAACAACAUAUGAUAUUAAUCAGCAUUUAUCUUCUAAAAAUGAUGAAAAAUUAAAUGAACCACCAAAGCAUUUAUCAACUGAAAAUGUUGAAAAAUUAAAUGAACCUAUAACUUUAAUGAAACUUUAUCUUAAUGAAAGCAAUGAAAAAGAAAAAUUUAUUGAAAGAGAAAAAGAAAAAUUCAAAAAUAAUGAGGGCUUAACUACUAAACACGAAGAACCCUCUAUAUCACGUAAUAAUAAUCAAAUUGAGAAAAAUAUCGAGUGCACUACAGAUAUCUUCAACAGUAUGGAAUUGGCAAACCCAGCGAAUAAUAAUAUUGAGAUAAAUACCAAUAGUUUGAUGUAUAGUAAUAAUACUGAUAUUGAGAAAAAUACCAAUAAUGUGACAGAUGUCAACAAAACUAAAGAGUAUUUAUAUAUUGAAUUGGCCAAGCCAGAAUAUAAUAACAUUGAGAUAAAUACGAAUAGUUUGAUGGAUGCUUAUAAUGCUGAUAUUGAGAAGAAAACCAAUAAUGUGACAGAUGUCAACAAAAAUAUAGAGCAUUUAUAUAUUGAAUUGGCCAAGCCAGAAAAUAAUAAUAGUAAAAUAAACGCUAACAGUUUGUUAAAUACAAUUAAUACAAAUGAUUUCAUAGCAUGCCCUAGCUCAGAGAACUAUAAUGUAGAAAUCAGUAAUGAGAAUGUGAUAGCUGUAAACAAAUCUAAUGACAGUCUUCCUACAGAGUCAAAUGAAUCCGUUUUGAACGAUAGUAAAAAUGAUCCGAUGCCACAAACACAAAUUUCUGAAGAGGACGUUCACCUGUCAAUUAUAAACACAGUAGAAGAUUUGAACGCACCUGAUAAUGGAUUUGAUGAAAUUACGAUAAAAGAAAUAUCUAAUAAUGAUAAUGAAGCUAGAUCUGGUUGUUUCCAGCAAUAUGCAUCACCAUUGAUGAAUAGUGAUAAAAUUGAAAGAAUUGUUCCAGAGAUCAUUUUCUGUCCUUAUGAAUUAAUGGGAAGUUGUGCGGACCUGGAAUGCAAAUUUAAUCAUUUUAACGAACAAACAUAAAAAAACAACCAGAAAAAUAUUUUUCUUAGAGAUACUCUGUUGUGAUAAGUGAUGAUUGUAUAUAUUCAUGCGAUCUCAAGUGAUACGAAUCCAAUCCAAUAGAUAAAAAGACUUACGAGCUUUUUGAUUUUUGGGUAAGUAUAAAACUGUAUAGAACAAAUUACUGAAUGUAUAUACUAAAUUCAGUACCACAAAAAAAAAAAAAAAUAAAAUAAAAAAAAACAAAAAAAUAAUAAUAAAAAAAACCAAAAGAAGGAAAAUAAUUAAUCGAUAACCGGGAUGUACCUAACAAAGUAAAUGGAAAAAAUAUAUUAUAUAAAUUGGAGAACUACAGUACAAUUAAAAGCUAUUGUAUUUCAUUAGCAAAAGUGAUUAUAAUUCAAAAUUCUUUAAUUUGUUUGCAACUUUGUUUUAA